CUUCACUUUUGGUUUGUCGUCCUGAUCGACCCCUCAGGCAGGAGGCCCUUCUGCUCUGUCUCAGAACUUCUCACUUAACAAACUGUGUGUCAGGGUUAGGUCAUUUUGGAGAGGCAAGCAGGCUGUUUUUGGUUGAUGUUGUGGAAAAAAAAUGACUGUUCCUAGGCACCCCGGGGCCCAGUAUGUCCUUGGUCCGUCGGCACUUUGAUUGAAAGCAGAAGAGAUGCGCCACCAAAUGGAUUUGCUUCACUGCUUUUCCUCGCUCCCUCCUUCCCCCCCCUUCAAAAAUUGAAAACCAUGUUAUGCAAAAUGAGUUGGGUUCAUUGAAGGAGUUGGUUUUAUCAGUUUCUAUCGGAGGAAAGUUUAGUUUGGUUUUGGAAGGCAUAUAUAUAGGUAUUUGGUGUGUUUAGGGGUAUGGAUUUUGCUUUCUUUUUGGGGGGAGGUUGUUUUUUGUUUGUUUGGUUUUUUUGGCAAAUUAGCAUUUGUAUUAUGUGACCAGUAGAUUUAUUAUCUUUUUGAAUAUGUCAACCCAUGGCUGUAUGUUUAUGGUGACCUGUGUUUUUUGCAUAUGCCUUUAUUUGUGUGUCUGUGUGACAGGCCAAAUGUGUGUGGCUCUAGAUUCCACUCCUAUUGUUGCCCUGGAUGGAAAACGCUCCCUGGAGGAAAUCAGUGUAUUGUUCCAAUUUGUAGGAAUAGUUGUGGUGAUGGCUUUUGUUCCCGUCCUAAUAUGUGCACUUGUUCCAGUGGACAAAUAUCACCUAUCUGUGGAUCAAAGUCAAUACAGCAGUGCAAUAUCAGGUGCAUAAAUGGUGGUACUUGUGCAGAUGAUCAGUGCCAGUGCCAGAAGGGCUAUGUUGGAACGUACUGUGGGCAACCUGUCUGUGAAAAUGGUUGCCAGAAUGGAGGACGAUGUAUUGGACCCAACCGUUGUGCAUGUGUGUAUGGAUUUACUGGCCCUCAGUGCGAAAGAGAUUAUAGAACCGGUCCUUGUUUCACUCAGGUCAACAACCAGAUGUGCCAGGGCCAGUUGACAGGCAUUGUUUGCACAAAGACUCUCUGUUGUGCAACAAUUGGUCGUGCUUGGGGCCACCCUUGUGAGAUGUGUCCUGCUCAGCCUCAGCCAUGUCGUCGUGGUUUCAUCCCUAACAUCCGCACUGGAGCUUGUCAAGAUGUUGAUGAGUGUCAGGCUAUACCAGGAGUCUGCCAGGGAGGAAACUGCAUUAAUACAGUUGGGUCAUAUGAAUGCAAAUGUCCUGCUGGUCACAAGCAGAAUGAGGCAACUCAGAAAUGUGAUGAUAUUGAUGAAUGCAGCAUCAUUCCAGGAAUUUGCGAAGGUGGCGAGUGUUCUAACACUGUUGGAAGUUAUUUCUGUAUCUGUCCACGUGGCUAUGUCUCAUCUACAGAUGGCUCCCGCUGCAUUGAUCAGAGAGCAGGCACAUGUUUCUCCAGCUUGGUGAAUGGUCGCUGUGCACAAGAGCUUCCUGGUAGGUUUACCAAAAUGCAGUGCUGCUGUGAAUCUGGUCGAUGCUGGGCCGUUGGAUCUGUUCCAGAGAUGUGUCCUGUUAGAGGAUCUGAUGAAUACCGCAGACUUUGCAUAGAUGGAAUUCCAGUUGGAGGUGGUUCCAGAGCUGGUGGAAUAGGAGGAAAUGGAUUCCUUCCUGGUGGAAAUGGGAAUGGCUAUGGCGCAGGAGGAACUGGAUUCAUUCCUAUUCCUGGUGGCAAUGGCUUCUCACCUGGCAUAGGAGGAGCAGGAGUAGGGACUGGUGGCCAGAGUCCCACAGGGAAUGGCCCAAUCAUUACUGGACUAACAAUACUCAAUCAGACAAUAGAUGUCUGUAAGCAUCACCCCAACCUUUGCUUAAAUGGGCGAUGCAUACCAACCAUUUCUAGUUAUCGGUGUGAAUGCAACAUGGGAUAUAAGCAGGAUGCAAAUGGAGAUUGUAUAGAUGUUGAUGAGUGCACAUCAAACCCAUGUACUAAUGGUGAUUGUGUCAACACACCUGGAUCCUAUUAUUGCAAAUGUCAUGCAGGUUUCCAAAGAACUCCUACCAAGCAAGCUUGCAUUGAUAUUGAUGAAUGCAUCCAAAAUGGUGUUCUUUGUAAAAAUGGCCGGUGUGUCAAUACUGAUGGCAGCUUCCAGUGUAUUUGCAAUGCUGGCUUUGAACUAACUACAGAUGGAAAAAACUGUGUCGACCAUGAUGAAUGCACUACUACAAAUAUGUGUUUAAAUGGGAUGUGUAUAAAUGAGGAUGGUAGCUUCAAAUGCAUCUGCAAACCAGGGUUUGUUUUAGCUCCAAAUGGGCGUUAUUGUACUGAUAUUGAUGAAUGCCAGACAUCAGGGAUUUGCAUGAAUGGUCAUUGUAUCAAUACUGAAGGAUCAUUUCGAUGUGAAUGUCCACCUGGCCUGGCUGUUGGAGUUGAUGGUCGUGUUUGUGUAGACACUCAUAUGCGUAGCACAUGCUAUGGAGGAAUUAAAAAGGGGGUAUGUGUCCGUCCUUUCCCUGGGGCUGUGACAAAAUCUGAAUGUUGCUGUGCCAAUCCAGACUAUGGCUUUGGAGAACCUUGUCACCCGUGUCCUGCCAAGAACUCAGCUGAAUUCCAUGGUCUGUGUAGCAGUGGAGUAGGCAUUACUGUGGAUGGGCGAGAUAUUAAUGAAUGUGCAUUGGACCCUGAUAUUUGCUCCAAUGGAAUUUGUGAAAACCUACGUGGUAGCUACCGUUGUAAUUGUAACAGUGGCUAUGAACCUGAUCCUUCUGGAAGGAACUGUGUUGACAUUGAUGAAUGUUCAGUGAACAGACUGUUGUGUGACAAUGGGCUGUGUCGAAACACACCUGGAAGCUACAGCUGCACUUGUCCAAAGGGUUAUGUAUUCAGCACUGAGACUGACACAUGUGAAGAUAUAAAUGAAUGUGAAAGCAGCCCGUGUGUCAAUGGCGCCUGCAGAAACAAUCUUGGUUCUUUCAACUGUGAGUGUUCACCUGGCAGCAAGCUGGAUUCUACUGGACUGAUCUGCAUUGAUAGUCUUAAGGGAACAUGCUGGCUGAACAUCCAAGACGGUCGUUGUGAAGUGAACAUCAAUGGUGCUACGCUGAAAUCUGAAUGCUGUGCAACAUUAGGAGCUGCGUGGGGUAGCCCUUGUGAACGAUGUGAAUUAGACACUGCUUGCCCAAGAGGAUUUGCCAGAGUUAAGGGUGUUACCUGUGAAGAUGUAAAUGAAUGCGAUGUUUUCCCGGGGGUUUGUCCUAAUGGACGGUGUGUUAACAGCAGAGGGUCAUUUCACUGUGAGUGUCCUGAAGGCCUGACACUGGAUGGAACAGGUCGAGUGUGUUUAGAUAUCCGCAUGGAACAAUGUUACUUGAAGUGGGAUGAAGAUGAGUGUAUUCAGUCUGUACCUGGCAAAUUUCGUAUGGAUGCCUGCUGCUGUGCUGUUGGUGCUGCUUGGGGCUCAGACUGUGAGGAAUGCCCUAAGCCUGGCACCAAAGAAUAUGAGGCCUUGUGCCCCAGAGGACCUGGAUUUUCUAAUAGAGGUGACAUUCUAACUGGCAGGCCAUUUUAUAAAGAAAUUAAUGAAUGUAAAGUGUUCCCUGGUAUGUGCAUGAAUGGUAAAUGCAGGAAUACAAUUGGAAGUUUCAAAUGCAGAUGUAACAAUGGGUUUGCUUUAGAUAUGGAAGAAAGAAACUGUACAGACAUUGAUGAAUGCCGUAUCUCCCCGGAUCUCUGUGGAAGUGGUACUUGUGUCAACACUCCAGGAAGCUUUGAGUGCGAGUGCUUUGAAGGCUAUGAAAGUGGGUUUAUGAUGAUGAAGAACUGCAUGGACAUAGAUGAAUGUGAACGUAACCCUCUCUUGUGCCGUGGUGGAACUUGUGUGAACACAGAAGGUAGCUUUCAGUGCGACUGCCCUUUGGGACAUGAACUGUCGUCAUCACGUGACGAAUGUGUGGAUAUAAAUGAAUGCUCGUUGAGUGAUAAUCUGUGCAGAAAUGGCAAAUGUGUGAACAUGAUUGGAACUUAUCAGUGUUCUUGUAACUCCGGAUAUCAGGCUACUCCAGACAGACAAGGCUGUAUUGAUAUUGAUGAAUGCAUGAUCAUGAAUGGAGGCUGUGAUACCCACUGUACUAACUCAGAAGGCAGCUAUGAAUGUAGUUGCAGUGAUGGUUAUGCUCUCAUGCCAGAUGUCAGAACAUGUGCAGAUAUUGAUGAAUGUGAAAAUAACCCAGAUAUCUGUGAUGGUGGGCAAUGUACUAAUAUUCCAGGAGAGUAUCGCUGUCUUUGUUAUGAUGGAUUCAUGGCUUCUAUGGACAUGAAAACCUGUAUUGGUAAGCACCAAAAGUGGCAAGUUCAGUUAUUUUACAAGUUGCUCUAAUUCAUGUGUUUUACUGAUGAAUUACUGGAAACAGAAUAAAACUUUGUAACAAAAAAAAAUUAAAAGAAAAAUCUGUACCUUUUUGUAAGGAAUAUCCUGAGUUUCUUGUAUUGAUUCCAUGAAGAGAAUUAAAAAAAAAAAGUAUC